AUGAAUUUCAUCGUUUACACCCUGAAAGACCGGCCCCUCGACCCCGUGGUAGACCCCGACGUUGUUUGCCUCCUCGCGCCAGGAGUCGCAGGAGUAUUCAGGAAACAUCUAGCAGCUCUAUAUGCACAUCUCUCCUUUACAAAGACCUACAUAGAUGUGUUUGACCAAACUGAACAAAGUGUCUUCAUCAAAGUUUUAAACCAGAAGAAAUAUAAUUCCAUAUCUAAUUUGCAUCAGAGAGCUGUAGAUGAAGCUUUACGAAGUAAAAAUGGACAUCUGGACCUUUUCCUGCGUUUUCUUCUGGGUCUCUCGUUGGAGUUCAAUCAGAGUCUCUUACGAGAACUACUGACACAGACAGGAAGCUGCUCCUACAACAAAGAGGAAACAGUUGAGUUCAUCAAACAGAAGAUCAGGGAGAAUCACUCUUCAGAGAGAUCCAUCAAUUUGUUCUACUGUCUGAAUGAACUGGGAGAUGAUUCACUGAUGCAGGAGAUCCAGGGUUAUCUGAGAUCUGGACAAAUAGCAGAAACCAAACUCUCCUCUUCACAGUGGUCAGCUCUGGUUUAUGUGCUGCUGACAUCAGAGCAGAAGAUGGAUGAGUUCAAUCUGAAACAGUUUAUUGGAGCCCAAAAUCCAGCAGAUGGAGUUCUUCAGAAGCUGCUGCCUGUGAUUAAAGAAUCCAGAUCAGUUCAGUUGAGGGAUUGUGGAGUCACAGAUGAAGGUUGUGCUGCUCUGGCUUCAGCUCUGAGAUCAAACCCCUCACACCUGAGAAAACUGGAUAUGUCAUUUAAUAAAUUAGGAGCGUCUGGAUUUUAUUUAUAUUGCACAUGA